GGGGUUUCGUCGCAAAUUGCUCUAAAAUAAAUAAUCUCUUUUAGGAAUAGAAUGUUCAAUUCAAUCCAAUCUAAUCUAAUCCCAUAUGUCAACACUGUGAAUUGUGAGUUGUGAAAGUAAAGAUGGAAGCAAUUAUGAGCAUCAACACCAGCAGCUUCUUCUUCCUUCACCAUCAUCAAACUUGUUUCAAAAUGGCUCCACACCCACUUCCGAGAAAGGUUAGUGUUCCUCCAAUUACUUUAACAAUAAGAAGAAGAAGAGGGGUUUCGGAGGGUUUUGGUCCUGUUUCCGUUUCUGCUUCUGAUAAUGAUAAUGGUAAAGACCUAGAAGACGACCUCGACUGGGAGUUGGAGUUUCUUGGGGAGCUUGACCCUUUGGCUUUCCAAGCUCCCAAGAAGAGAAAGAAACUGCAGAGGAAACGCUCUGUUGACAUUAAAACCGGCGACGCUGAGAUGGAUUGGUGCCUCAGGGCCAGGAAGGUUGCUCUCAAAUCCAUCCAGGCCAGAGGCCUCUCUUCUACCAUGGAAGAUUUGGUCACAGUCAACAAGAAAAAGAAGAGCAAGAAGAAGAAGAAGAAGCCCAUCAAAAUCCUCAAGAAAACCAAGCUACAAGACUUGGAAGGAGACUCCAGUGAUGAUGACGAGUCCACUGGGUUUGGAGACGAUGAAUUAUUAAGGAGAACCGUGAGCAGUCUUGCAGGUGGGGUUUUCGAAGAAAGGAAGGGCAAGACAAUGCAAGUGCUGGCUCAGAGGCUAUCCCAAUUCUCUAACCCAUCUAAUCGCAAAGAGGAAAUCAACUUGAACAGAGCGAUCAUAGAAGCACCCACUGCGGACCAAGUGUUGGAGCUUACUUGGGAGGUCAUGUCGGCCGUUGAGAAAGGCCUCAGCCCCUCACCGCUCACUCCUCUCAACAUUGCCACUGCCCUUCAUAGAAUCGCUAAGAACAUGGAAAAAGUCUCGUUGAUGGAAACUCGGAGGUUGGCUUUCGCUCGUCAGAGAGACAUGUCCAUGCUUGUUGGUUUGGCAAUGACAGUGUUGCCCGAGUGCUCCUCUCAGGGCGUUUCCAACAUUUCAUGGGCAUUGUCCAAGAUUGGGGGUGAUCUUCUUUACUUGUCCGAAAUAGAUAGAGUUGCGGAGGUGGCCUUGACCAAAGUUGGGGACUUCAAUUCCCAGAAUGUGGCCAACGUUGCAGGGGCUUUUGCUUCCAUGAGGCAUUCCGCUCCUGCUCUUUUCUCCCAAUUGUCAAAGCGGGCAUCCCAAAUAAUCCACACCUUUCAGGAGCAAGAGCUUGCUCAGCUGCUCUGGGCCUUUGCUGCUUUGUUCGAGCCUGCUGAUCAUCUGUUGGGAUCUCUAGAUAGUAUUAGUAUUGGCGACCUGAGUUUUAGCCGGGAUCAGCUUGGAAGCAUUGCCUGGUCGUAUGCUGUUUUGGGGCAAAUGGAAAGGAGUUUCUUUUCAUCGGUUUGGACAAGCUUGGCCCGGUUUGAGGAGCAAAGGAUAUCAGAACAGUAUAGGGAGGAUAUGAUGUUUGCUUCUCAGGUUCAACUUGUGAACCAAUGCUUGAAGAUGGAGUGCCCUCAUCUUGAGUUGUCUCUGGGGACAAAACUGGAGGAGAAAAUCAUUGGUGCUGGAAAGACUAAAAGGUUUAAUCAAAAAGUAACUUCAUCUUUUCAAAAAGAGGUUGCUCGCCUUCUCACCAGCACAGGCCUGGAAUGGUCGAAAGAGUACGAUGUGGAUGGCUACACUUUGGAUGCUGUUUUGGCCGAUAAGAAGAUUGCUUUGGAGAUUGAUGGUCCAACUCACUUCUCAAGGAAUACAUUGGUACCAUUGGGACACACCAUGCUCAAACGCCGCUACAUAACUGCUGCCGGAUGGAAAGUGGUAUCAUUGUCUCAUGAAGAGUGGGAAGAACUUGAAGGGGAAUUCGAAAUGCUAGACUACCUAAGAAAAAUCCUUCAACACUAUUUGGUUGAUUGAUUUCAAUACCCCAGCAUCUACUUCAAUUGGAGGAGAAGAGAAAGCACGUCAUACCAUAUUCUGCAACUACCCUAGGACUAGUAGGAUAGUAUUUUUGUCCAUUUUUCCAAAUGCGAUGUUAAUUAUAUAUUUGUGGUUACUAGUGAUAACAAGCAUUAUUUAUUUACUCCCAUAAUAGUAGGACUCCUAGAAUGAAUGAAAGAAGAUUUUUAGAUUUGUAACAAAA